UAUAAAAACAUGCCUCUACGAUUAGAUGUAAAGAAAAGGUUGUUAGCGCGAUCAGACCGUGUGAAGUCAAUUGAUUUACAUCCCACCGAAGCAUGGAUGCUUGUUGCUCUCUACAAUGGCAAUGUUCAUAUAUGGAAUUAUGAAAAUCAGCAACUUGUGAAGUCUUUCGAAGUUUGUGAAUUGCCUGUGCGUUGUGCUAAAUUUAUUCCACGCAAAAACUGGUUAGUUACGGGAUCGGAUGACAUGCAUAUUCGUGUUUUUAAUUAUAACACUUUGGAACGAGUGCAUCAGUUUGAAGCACAUUCAGAUUACUUGCGUUCUAUUGCUGUUCACCCUACGCAAUCUUAUAUUUUAACUUCUAGUGACGAUAUGCUUAUCAAACUUUGGGAUUGGGAUAAUAAGUGGAGUAUGAAGCAGGUUUUUGAAGGCCACACACACUAUGUUAUGCAGUUGGUUAUUAAUCCAAAAGAUAAUAAUACCUUUGCGACGGCAUCACUUGAUAAAACAGUGAAAGUUUGGCAGUUUGGUAGCUGUACUGCAAAUUUCACUUUGGAAGGUCAUGAAAAAGGAGUAAAUUGCGUGGAUUAUUAUCAUGGUGGAGAUCGACCCUAUCUGAUUUCGGGUGCAGAUGAUCGUCUUGUUAAAAUAUGGGAUUAUCAGAACAAGACUUGUGUUGCUACUUUGGAUGGCCAUGCCCAAAAUGUAUCAGCAGUUUGCUUCCAUCCGGAACUACCCGUCAUCAUCACUGGUUCAGAAGAUUCUACAGUCAAAAUGUGGCAUUCUAGCACGUAUAGAUUAGAAACAACUCUCAAUUAUGGUCUUGAACGUAUAUGGUGCAUACACACUUUGAAAGGUUCGAAUACGAUCGCCAUUGGCUGUGACGAAGGUUCAAUAACACUCAAAUUGGGUAGAGAGGAACCAGCUGUUAGUAUGGAUUCUAGUGGCAAGAUUUUGUGGGCAAAACAUUCCGAAAUGCAGCAAGCUAAUCUAAAGACGCUCGAUGCAACCACUUUAGAACAGCUCCAGGAUGGUGAACGUAUUUCUUUAUCUGUCAAAGAUGCCGGUUCAUGUGAAAUUUAUCCUCAAACACUGACUCACAACUCUAAUGGACGUUACGUCGUUGCUUGUGGUGACGGCGAAUACAUUGUUUAUACUUCCACAGCAUUACGAAAUAAGGCGUUCGGUUCGGGUCUUGAAUUCGUAUGGAGUGCAGACCCAUCAGAAUAUGCAGUUCGCGAGUCAACGUCUUGCAUCAAAGUUUUCAAAAAUUUCAAGGAAGUGCGUGCGCUGCAUCCAGAUAUUGUUAUGGAAGGUAUAGAAGGCGGGCCACUCGUUGCUGCUCGAGCUAAUAAUGCCUUGUGUUUUUUUGAUUGGGAAACAGGAGCUUUGAUUCGUCGAAUAGAAAUUUUUGCGAAACAUGUGUACUGGUCGAACAACGCUGAAAUGGUUGCAAUUGCUGGAGAAGAUACAUUUUAUAUAUUGAGAUAUAAUAAAGAAGCUGUGGAAAAUACAACAGCGGAAGAUGUAGAUGGUAUAGAAGACUCUUUUGAAGUCAUCGGUGAAGUUCAAGAUAGUAUCAAAACGGCUUUGUGGAUCGGUGAUUGCUUUAUAUUUACAAAUGACUUAAAUCGAUUGAAUUAUUAUGUGGGUGGGGAAAUUGUUACUAUUGCUCAUCUUGAUCGUCCUCUGUAUUUGUUGGGUUAUAUGCCAAAAGAAAGUAGGCUAUAUUUAUGUGACAAGGACCAUAACUUCGUUUCAUAUCGCUUGUUGUUAUCUGUUCUGGAAUAUCAAACUGCAGUUAUGCGUCGGGAUUUCGACACAGCUAAUAAGGCAGAGGAUUUUAGACUUUUACGGCUUAGAUUGCUGACUUUGUUGAGAUUUGUCCAAAAUCUUUGGUCUUUCGUCUUACCAUUGAUACCUCGGGAUCACCGAACUCGUGUUGCUCACUUUCUUGAAAAACAAGGAUUCAAAAAACAAGCUUUGGUAGUUAGUCAGGAUGCAGAUCAUCGAUUUGAGCUUGCUUUGUCACUAGGGGAUUUGGAACUGGCCUACGACCUUGCAGUAAUAGCUGAUUCAGAAGAAAAAUGGCGACAACUUUCUCAAGCAGCUACGUUGAAAAGUGAACUUAUCUUAGCUGGAAAAUGCCUUGGUCGUGCCCAUGAUUAUGGUGGUUUGUUAUUAUUGGCUACUUCUGCUGGAUCUGCUUCUUUAGUACGUGUUUCUGAACAUAUUUUUUCCGUUAAUGGACUGUCCAAACUAGCUUCUGAUGCACAACUUUCGGCACAGUACAACUCUUCGUUUAUAUCAUAUCUCUUACUCGGUGAUUUAGACAAAUGUCUGGAGAUUUUGAUUUCAACCGAUCGUCUUCCGGAAGCUGCAUUUUUCGCUCAUACAUAUUGUCCUUCUAUGGUUGAUCAUGUUGUAUCUUUGUGGAAAGCGAAGAUUUCUCGUAAAAUACUCAAUGGACAAAAGAAUUUCGGCGAAAGUAUUGCAGAACCCUCGAAGUAUCCAAAUCUUUUCUCUGACUUUAAUGAGUCUCUAAAAGCUGAGCAGUUCCUAAAACAUUUAGCAAAAUUACCUGUAAAAGCAUCAACUCGAGUUCCAUCGAAUACUCAACGUCAUAUUCUUAAAGAAGUAAUGGAGGCAGAAAAGUCAGGGACACUAGUUUUUCGUGAAGAUGGAUCUAUGGAAGCAAUGCAAAGCAUCAAAGCAGAAGAGAGCGUGACAGGAUCAACUUAUCUGUCUGCUGAUUCAUCAUUAAAUUCUCUUGCAACAAUCAUGCCCUCUGUCACUUCGUUAUCGAAAGUUGUAUCGGAAAUCUCUUCCGAGCCUUCUGAAACGCCAUUCACAAAUCUUGAUAGCUCAACAAAUGUAAAUAGUGAUUCUUCAUACUUACCAGCACAAAGCGCUUUCUUAAAAUUAGAACCAAAUGCCGUGCCUAUUUCAUCAGUUCAAGUUCCAUCUUCAAAUAGUCUACAUUCGAAUGCGACUCAAGAUAGCGAUGAAUUUCAGGGAGAUCUUAUAAAUUCAGCUAUAGUAGAUCCAGAUGUUGUACGAGAUCGUGCCAGACCAGAUAUUGUUCCUUCACGAGGAGAGCCAGACAUUGUUGGAAUCGCAAAUCAUUCGCAACCUGAAGUAUACGCGAAAAUAAGAAACCACGAAAGUUUGUUAACAUGGAGUGAUAAUGAUGAAGAUCAAUUUGAUGAUGAUAUUGAAGUGAAUAUUGAUGAUCUAAAUUUGGAUAAUGAUGAGUAA